AUGGCAAGCUCUAAUAUAAAGCCAAUUUUAUAUUCAUAUUAUCGCAGUUCAUGUUCAUAUCGGGUUCGAAUUGCAUUGAAUUUGAAAAAUAUUCCUUAUAUAAUUCAUCCGGUUAAUCUUCUUAAAGGGGAAACAUCAACGGAUGAACAUAAAAAGCUCAAUCCAAAAUGUGAAGUUCCAGUACUUAUUAUUGGUGGAAAAACAUUUCUACAAUCACUUCCUAUAAUUGAAUAUAUUGAUGAAACACAUCAAGUUAAACCUCGACUUUUACCGGAAGAUCCUUAUCAACGUUACCAGGCUCGUUUGAUUAGUGAAAUCAUUGCAUCUGGUAUUCAGCCGUUGCAAAAUUUAACUGUUCUUAAACGUGUUGGUGACGAAAAAAAAGGUGAAUGGGCACAUCAUUUUAUUAAAGUAGGACUCGAUGCGGUAGAAAAAGCUCUUGAAGAAUCAGCAGGGCAAUAUUGCGUAGGUGAUCAAAUUUCAAUAGCUGAUUGUUGUCUUGUACCUCAAAUUUAUAAUGCACGACGAUUUAAAGUUGAUUUAACUCCAUAUCCUAUUAUGACAGCUAUUGAAGAAAGAUUAAAUGAACUUCCUGCAUUCAAAGAAGCACAUCCAAAUCGUCAAUCUGAUUGUCCUGAAGAAGAAAAACUUAAAUCUUAA